CGCUGCUGCCAUUCAAGACUUGCAUACAAUGCUUGCGACCCUCCCGUAUGAAUUAGUUCUCGAUAUUCUUCGAGGAUUGUCAGUGCAGGACCUACUCAACGUUCGCAGAACAUGUAAAGAAUUACACGUCGUCACCCAGGACAGCGCGCUAUGGAACCACGUCCUCAGCGGUAUCCUGAGCCUCCCUCUAUCAUGCGCCGUCCAGAUUGGCCGCUCGCUGUGGCACGCUCCUCCGUGUAGAAGGGCUGUGAUCGCUGCACGAGUGGAUAAAAACUGGCAUGAUACGAACAUCAUACCUCGCCACAUUCGAUUCUUGCCAACCGCCCCGGGGCUCGAAGAUGUCGUGUUGCUCCCCGGCGGUGAGUGGCUGGUAUCCCUCUACCACGACGGGUCGUUGGAGUUGCAGGCGGUCAACGGCUGUCCGCAUGCAUUUCGGUUAGCUACGGGGAUGAAUCCCGCGGAUCUGACAAGCCAGGGCAGUCGGGCCUAUAUGUCGCCGGCCGGGGACAUUAUGCUGGUAUACGCACUCCAUACGGGAGUGCAUGUAUAUCGAGUUAAUCUCAGUAGCACGAAUAACACUGUCGAGCUGGUCGAUGAUGUCCCAGCAGCCGCCCUCCCUGGAUUCCAAUACACAGGCAGUGUCUUUGUCGGUGGAAACAUCAUGGUAUUGUUAUACAUGGAUCCUCGCGGGCUUUCAUAUUUGGACAUCCGUUCAAUCCCUGAGAACCACGACUCGUCCGUCAGGCAGGCUCGUAUGCACAUAGCCAUCGAGCCGGACGAUGCGAUUUUCGCAGGAUUCUGUACAGUGCAAAUCAUAUCCCCCGACCGCCUCGUCCUCUCCACGUACCGGCGCAUCUACAUGUACGCCAUCCCCCAGCUUACCGCAUCGCCUCCAGACAGCCUUCACGACGCCGCCCUGACCGAGCCCAUCUGGUCCGAACCGCUGCACGCCGUCCACCCGGGGGAGACCAGCGCGUGCUACGGCAGCCCCGUCGCGUGGAACGGCCCGCGCGGGCGGCACACGGGCGCGCUCAUGCUCUGGCGCCCGUGUCGCGUCUUCGUGCUCGAGCCGUCCGCAGACCUCUGCUCGUGCGCGCUCAAGUCGUACCCCGCCCCGUACGGCGCGCAGCACGUCGUGAGCGGCGUGCGGCGCGGGUGCUACACGACGAACUUCCCGCGCGACGGGCUGCUUGUCAAUCUGUACACGUUCACCGACGUGGAUGACGGGGCGAAGAGGCCUGCGGUGAGCUCGUUCUCGCUCGGGCCGGGCGCGGGGAAUGUCAAUGUCCUUGGGAGUUCGCUGGAUGAGUGGUCUGGCAGGAUUUGUUUGCAUAUCGAGGACUCGUCAUGGGUGAGGUCUACGUACACGGUCCUCGUCGAUGUUGCUUGAGCAACCCAUGGAUGUCUUGACGAAUCGCCCAUAUAUCUUUAUAUAUCUUCAUAAUGCACUUGUAUCAAUAUUGAAUUCAGCACUCUCGCCGUAUUGCCUUCACUUGUUAGCACGCCCAACUCGUACUCCCUCAAUGCUAAUUACUUUGUUGAACUGC